GCGGUUCCCGCGAUCUUCCCCAACGGCGCCAUGAGCUGCAUCACCUUGCCCUCCGUGCUGCCCGGCUCCCCCAGCAAGACCCGGGGCCAGAUCCAGGUGAUCCUCGGGCCCAUGUUCUCCGGGAAAAGCACGGAGCUCAUGAGACGGGUCCGCCGCUUCCAGAUCGCCCAGUACAAGUGCCUGGUCAUCAAGUAUGCCAAAGACGUCCGCUACAGCAACAGCUUCUGCACACAUGACCGGAACACCAUGGAGGCGCUGCCUGCCUGCCAGCUGCGGGACGUGGCUCAGGAGGCCCUGGGCGUGGCCGUCAUCGGCAUCGACGAAGGACAGUUUUUCCCCGACAUCGUGGAGUUCUGUGAGGCCAUGGCCAACUCCGGGAAGACCGUGAUCGUGGCCGCCUUGGACGGCACCUUCCAGAGGAAGGCGUUUGGGUCCAUCCUGAACCUGGUGCCCCUAUCCGAGAGCGUGGUGAAGCUGAACGCCGUGUGCAUGGAGUGCUUCCGGGAAGCCGCCUACACCAAGCGGCUGGGCAUGGAGAAAGAGGUGGAGGUGAUCGGUGGAGCGGACAAGUACCAUUCCGUGUGCCGUCUCUGUUACUUCAAGAAGUCCGUGGGCCAGUCCACAGGGCUGGACAAGGAGAACUGUCCAGUGACAGGGAAGCCAGCGGAGAGCGUGGUCGCCAGGAAACUCUUCGGCCCUCAGCAAGUCCUGCAGUGCAGCCUCACCAACUGAGGGGGCUCCCCGCCACGGCCCUGGCGGCAGUCUGGACCCUACCUGCUGUGGCCUUCCCAAGAGGAAGCCAGAUGGCAGGGCAAUGGGCAUGGCCACCAUCCCCCCGCCGGUAAGGCCCGCCCAGCCAGAAGUGGUGCUGCCGGGGCUGCCCACGACCCCAGUGUGGCCAUGACGUCCUCAGCCUCUUCCCCCUUGCGGCUUUCACCCUCAAGUUUCUGUUCUCCCUGGAAAUUUCCCCCAGCACCUUCAGGACUUGACCCCUCUGCCUGGGGGAUGGGGGACUUGGACUUGGGGGCCCUGGCUAAGAGACCACCCUACUACCACACAGGGCCCUUGGUGGCAUGGGCCCCAGGAGGGUAUGGCGGAGGAGCCAGGGUCUGCCCUUUCAUCACAGCAAAUAACAAACAUUAAAAUCAGCUAGCUGGGGCCCGGAGGUGUGGCCUAGCAGCUAAAGUU